UGAAUCUCUUUGUGCAGGUCAAAGCAAAAUAGAAAGAUCCCUGAAUACGGGAGAAAUGCCAGGGACUAUGCUCUGCUGUACUUGGACUCUUGGCAACCUUCUACCGUGAUAUUUGUUUAAAUUCUGUAUCUGCUGUCAGACAGCCUGAGCCUGAAGUUCAUUUUGAUGAGCGCUGGUGGCAGUGUCUUGGAAAGAUGGUCUGGACUUAGUUCCACAGUUCUGAGUCUAGAUUUAAAGAAGCUUAAUAAAAUGGGCAGAAUCUUCCUGGAUCACAUUGGUGGCACUCGCCUGUUCUCCUGUGCAAAUUGUGACACAAUCUUGACCAAUCGCUCAGAGCUCAUAUCCACACGCUUUACAGGGGCCACAGGAAGAGCCUUCCUGUUCAACAAGGUAGUGAAUCUGCAGUACAGUGAAGUUCAGGACCGCGUCAUGCUUACUGGCCGCCACAUGGUUCGGGACGUGAGCUGCAAGAACUGCAACAGUAAACUGGGCUGGAUCUAUGAAUUUGCCACUGAAGACAGCCAGCGCUAUAAGGAAGGUCGUGUCAUCCUGGAAAGGGCUUUGGUCCGAGAGAGCGAGGGAUUUGAGGAGCAUGUUCCGUCUGAUAAUUCCUGAAGAGAUUUCUGUCUUUCUGGGUUUUCUUCACUGAAACUUAAAAAAAAAAAAAAAAAAAAAAAAAAAAAAAAAAAAAUCUACUUGCAUACACUGUCACCUUAGCAUCAGAGUCAGAUUCAUGAACUGCAGAGUGGGAAAGAUGUGAGAAUUUCAGAUGGAACUUUCCUUUCUUUAUUCCAUUUACUUCGGUUUUUUACUUUCCCUCCAACAGCUGUUUGUAGAGAGAAUGUUAUGCAGAUGCUGCAACUUUUUUUUCCUCUUUACAUAUAUAUCUCUUAGAUCCAAGACCUGUCUGCAGAUAUGAAAGGGCUAAAAGGAAAAUAAUUGGGGAUAUUUCUUUUGUUAGAGAAAUUGGUGGGUUUCUUUUUUAGCUUGCAUAAACUCUGAUAUGUCACCAGAAAAUAUGUUAAGCCUCAAGGUGACUUUUAAUUUAUUUUCUAGCGUUUGAGUUAUUUUGAAACUUUUUCUUUACCCAGUCCUUUCAUCUGACUUGCUAGUUUAAGAUAAGAUCCAAAUUUAUGAUCGAGUGCUAAAGGUUCAGUGUUGGUAUAGCU